CAUGCCCCGGGGGCGGCGAUGAGGCCGGCGCUGUGGCUGCUGGUGGCGGCGCUAGUGGCGGCGGCGGGCGCGUGCGGGCCGGGCCGCGGCUCCAGGAGGGCGCGCCGGCCCCGCAAGCUGACGCCGCUCGUGUUCAAGCAGCACGUGCCCAACGUGUCGGAGAACACGCUGGGAGCCAGCGGACUGGCCGAGGGCCGCGUGGAGCGCUCCGACCCGCGCUUCAGGGACCUGGUGCCCAACUACAACCCGGACAUCGUGUUCAAGGACGAGGAGGGCACGGGCGCCGACCGCCUCAUGACGCAGCGGUGCAAGGAGAAGCUCAACACGCUGGCCAUCUCGGUGAUGAACCAGUGGCCGGGGGUGCGACUGAGGGUGACGGAGGGCUGGGACGAGGAGUCCCACCACGCCGCAGACUCGCUGCACUACGAGGGUCGCGCCGUCGACAUCACCACGUCGGACCGCGACCGCUCCAAGUACGGCAUGCUGGCCCGCCUGGCCGUCGAGGCGGGCUUCGACUGGGUGUACUACGAGAGCCGCGCGCACAUUCACUGCUCCGUCAAGUCCGAGUCCUCGCAGGCGGCCAAGUCGGGCGGCUGCUUCCCGGGAGACGCGACGGUGGCGCUGCCCGGCGGCCGCACCUCGCCGCUGUCCCAGCUGCGCCUGGGCCAGCUCGUGCUGGCGGCCCACGCGGCGUCGGGCGAGCCGGUGUUCAGCGAGGUGCUGGCCUUCCUGGACCGCGACCCGGCGCCGCGGCGCCAGUUCGUGCGCCUGUCCACGGCGUCGGGCCGCAACGUGACGCUGACCCCGGCGCACCUGCUGGCGGCGCCGGGGGGCUGCCACGUGUUCGCCGGCGCGCUCCGGCCCGGCGACGAGGUGCUGGCGCUGGGGCCCGGGGGCGGAGACCCGCGACCCGACGCCGUGGUGGCCGCGGAGCCCGUGCUGGCGCGCGGCGUCUACGCGCCGCUCACGCGCCACGGCACGCUCGUCGUGGACGGCGUGCUGGCGUCGUGCUACGCCGUCGUGCGCAGCCAGGCCGUGGCGCACCUGGCGCUCGCGCCGCUGCGCCUCGCCUACAACCUGCGGGACGCCGCGCUGAGGGCCUCCCCGGUGGGCGUGCACUGGUACGUGCGCGCGCUCUACCGCACGGCGCAGCUGCUGCUGCCCGCGGACAUGUUCUACCGGUAG